AGCUGCCCUAAGGGUGAUCCCAGCGAUGCUCCAGAGCUUCCCCACACCCAGCUCAGAGCCCUUCUCUCCUGCCCUGGUUCUUCUCUUCCACAAACAAACAGGUUUUGGCCUCUCUCAGCUGCCCUUUGGUGCCCCUGGUCAGCUUCCUUCCUCUCCUGACCCUCCCAAGGAAACAUUUGCAAGUGCUCUGCUCUUGCUCCAAAACCUCCCAUUACCUCUCCAAGUGCAUUUCCAAGCCCUGCCUCUCUCCCAGGCUCUCUCCAGCUGCAGCCCCACAGGGCCCUGCAGCACUCACCUCCCACGUGCUGCCCUGGGAUCCUGGCUGGCUCCUGGUGAUCCACCUCCCCCCGAGCAUCUCCUCACCCUUGGGAGAGCCCUCUCACCACCCAACCCCCCGGGGGGGAGCAGCCCAUGGAGCACCUGCAGAAGGACCCUCACUGCAGCCCUGGCUCCCACCCGGCCCCAUCCCAGCACUCCCUUGGCUCCUCCUGAUCUUCUGCACUCAUCACUUCCUAGCCUCAUUCCAUCGCUCCCAGGGCUCCUCCUGAUCUCCCUGUCUCCAUCCCACUGCCCCUGGGCUCCUCCUUAUCUCUGCAUCAUCAUCCCAUUGUUCCAUGUCCCAGUCCCAUCACUCCCAGGGCUCCUCGUUGUCUCCCGUUCUCUUCCUGAUCUCCCUGGCCCCAUCCCAUCACUCCACAUUCUCACUCCCUCACUCCCUGGACUCCUCCUGAUCUCCUUGGCCUCAUUCCAUUGUUCCUUAGCCCCAUCCCAUCAUUCCCUGGGUUCCUCCUAUCUCCCUGUCCUCAUCCCAUUCCUCCUUGGGACCCUCCUGAUCUCUCUCUCUCCAUCCCAUCGUUCCCUGUUCUCCUCCUGGUCUCCCCAUCCCUUUCACAUCACUCCUUGCACUCAUCUCCCUGGCCUCAUCACUCCCUGGGCACUCCUGACGUCCUGCUGCCCUCGUGUUCCCCUCUGCACUCUGGCAGGGGCCUGCAGCCCCACCUCCCCCUUCAUGUUUGCAGCCAGAAGCCAGACCCAGCUGGGAGCUGCCCAGUGACCACCCAAGGAUGAUUCCCAGCUCCUGGAAGUGCCAGGAAUCCCCU